AUGAACGAAGAGGCACGUUUUGAAUUUGGUAUAGAUCCUUCGUAUCUUGUGAAUAUGUGCACAUUUAACGGCAAAAUUUGUUCUCUCUCUAAGUUUACGAAUUUCACAAAUUAUCGAUAUGGAAAUUGCAUAACUUUCAAUAAAAGAAUUCAAGGUGUAAAACCAUUAUUAAUAUCAGAAACUGGGGAGAAGAGUGGUUUGCGGAUGAAGCUGAAAUUGCAGAUAAAUGAUUUUAUAAAUACAACUCGUACCAGUGGGGCAAAAAUAUUCAUUCAUGAACCAUCUGAGAAUCCUAAUCCUGAAGAAGAUGGGUUCAUUAUCAGUCCUGGAUACGAAUUCACAGUGUCCCUGAAACAAACGGUUUUCCACAGAUUACCAGCACCAUAUAAAGACAAUUGCUUCAACUAUGAUUCAGAGGCUGGAAGUGCUAUGAGUAGCAAAAAUACAUGUAUCCGGUCAUGCAUUCAACAGAAGAAUUUCGAAAGGUGUGGCUGCAUUGAUCAAACCUUAGGUGUAAUGAAGGAAUUGAAACCAUGCAAUUUUUUGAACAAGACGGAAUCUUGCUGUUUGGACGAAGUUCUGGAUAUUAUGUCCAGGAAUGGAGCAACAUGCAACUCGAGGAAGCCUAUCAGCUAUCAAAUAGAUGCUAAAAACUGA